AUGAGGCUCCGCACUGGGCUUCGCCUCAGCCUGCUUCUGCUGCGCCUCGGCCUCCUUACGGACCUUGGCCCAGUCCUCCUCGCUCAUGUUCUUAAUCAGAUCCUCGAGCUCCUCCGCGCUCAGGGACCCGAAGUCCUUAUCACCGAGCUUGGUCGGCUUGCCCUUUCCGCCCUUCUUCUUGCCCUUGUCCUUGGGCUUCUCCUUGCUGCCCUUCUUGCUGCCCUUGCUGUAGUUCUUGACACCCUUCAUGGCCAGAUCCUUGCCGGCCUUCUCCAGCCUCUCGACCUUGGCGGUCACGUCCUUGACAAGGAGGACAGGGUCGGCUGUCGCGGCGAGCUUGUCCUGCUUGGCCUCGUUCUCGUUGAUCCACUCCUCGGUGGUCUUGGAGAGGGCAGCGAGCUCGUCAAGAUCCUCGCGCUUGUAGAGGGGAGGGACGGGGCCACGCUCCUCCAGGACAUCCUCCAUCUUCUUGUCCUUGGGGGUAUCCUCGUCUUCGAGGCCAUCAAAGUCGCCCGAAGAGGCGGCGGCGUGCCACUCAUCGUACUCGUCAAUCUGCUUACGCAUGGUGUCGACGAACUUGAAGGUCUCCUUCAAGGAGCUCCUAAGCUUGGAGAUGGCAGCGGGGCGAGCUCCACUCUCUGUGACACGCUUCUGAACAGGGUCUGCAAUGUCCUGCAGCUGCUUGAGCCUGGCCUUGAGUUCAGUUCGGGGAGCAUCGGCGCCCUCAUCGUAAAGCCACUCGCUGGCGGCACUGGCCUUCUCAGAGAGGCUGGUUUGCUCGGCUUCGGUCGAGGCGGCAAUGAAAGACUCAUCCUCGAGCAGGUCUCUCACCUUCCCUCGAGCUGGUUCAAAGCCUCCUCACGGAGGUACCGGGCCAAGUCAGAGGCUGCGAAGGCCUUCAAUCGGUCCUUGGACUGCUUAGUCUGCUCCUUGGUCAACUGCGGCGUGCCGAGAAUCUCGAUGACAAUCUCAACGGGGAUGGAGACAGUCUCGAGCUUCUUGACCUCCGUCUUCAGCUCCUCAGUCGAGCCCGAGGCCUCGGCGGAUUGGGAUGAUUCAGUUGCUGACUUGGUGGCCGACUCUUCGGAUCUGCUCCUGGUCCUUCUUGCCAAAUCCGAAAAGGUUCUUGACACCGUCGACAAAGCCCUCCUUGACUUCGGCCUCACAUUCGACAGCGGCCUUGACAAUAUCAAUUUCGCCGUCCUCGGCAUCCAGCUUGGCCCCGAGGCGGAAGGUAACGCCACUCUCAACGCAAGAGGGGUACUUUUCCUUGAGCGCCGCGAUGCUCGAGGUCAGGUUCUUGGUGGUGAAACGCUUCAGGUCCUUGUACUCAGCAUCAACCUGCUGGUAGAAAGUACCGCUGAAGUCAGCCUCCUCAUUGAAGGAGAGCUCCUUGGCGGGGCCACCGAUGGUAGAGAUGGGGGUCCAGAGACGCUGGGUCCUCUCCUCGCUUGCCUUCCACUUCAGACCAGCUGCGUAGCCUGGGCCAUCAGAGAUUCUGAUUUCCUUGACACGGAAGCCUGGGCUGAGGUCGGCGGCGCGGAAACCAGCACCAAACACGGCGGCCUCGUCAGAGUUGACAUUGGAGCGGAGCUUCUUAGCCUGUUUCAAGGCGCUGUUGACGGCAACCGCAACUCGGUCAGCAUGGGCCUUAGCCAACGCCUCGAAAUCGGCGCGCUCGAUCUUGUACUUGAAAUUCACAUCGUCAUAGAGGCCUUCGAAGCUGGCGGCCGUGUUUUGGUUGGCGCUCAGAACAUGGCGAACACGCUCAGCCUCCUUGGUCAGCUUGGCGAUGGCCCGUCCGUGGGCCCUGACGCCCUCGGCGGUAACAGAGGCCUUCUGUGCCGCCUUGGACUCGACAAACUUCUCAAUCAUGUCGUCGAUGAUGAGGUUGUUGAGGGCAUCACCGCCCAGAGUGCGGUCGGAACCGGUUCCAAUGACCUGAACCUCCUGGACAGUCUUGUUGAGCUUUCCAACGUCCUUGACCUCGCGGCUCUGGAACCUCAUGACGGUCGCCUUGGUAGAGCCCGCACCCAUGUCGAAGACCAUGUGGUAUUCGGGUUUCCCGCCCUUGUUGAUGUUGGGGAACUGGCGGGUGGUGGCGUAGUUGAGACCAACAGCCAGACCAUCGCUGAUGGUGCCGAGAACCCUCAGGCCAGCGAGGUCGGCAGCAGCCUGUACAGCGCGCCUCUCAUCUGCGGUAUAGAAUGGGGGAAUGGUCAAGACAACGGAGCGCACCGAGGUGCCAUCGCCAGCUGCGGCUUCGGCAUUCUUCUGAAUGCUUUGAAGCUCCAUGGCGAGCAGCUCUUCAACCAACCAGGCAUCCUCCUCCGCUGA